AGAAACAUACACAGAAUACACAGCAGAUAUAAUAAAACUUUGUCACAUUCUUGAGCCUCAAAUGUCAGAGAAAAGAAUAGUAGGAUAUGUUUUGAGAGGCUUAGACGUAGGAGCAUUGCAACAUGUUGCUUUCAUGGACAAUGCAUCAGUUGAAGAUUUAGAGAAAAAUCUCGCCAAAUAUGAAAGAUCUCGCUUCCUUCUAGACAAAAAGUUAGGAAUGCAUAAUGCUUCAAUCCUGUCAGAUGACGAAGAAGACGAUUGCCAGUUCAAGCAGAAAGGCCUCUGCUUGAUUCCGAGGAAAAAGAUGUCGAACUCCGCCACCCAAGCCACUUGUCUCCACCUUCUAACAUCAGAAGCAGACGUAUCGGAGCUACGAGAAGUCUGCAAAUUUGAUUGUAAAGCAACUGACAAUCAAACCCUAAUCACUCGCCUACGAGAAGACACCUUCCUAUUCCACAACACCGGCAAAAAGACGACAAUUCGCUGUAAAAACUCAACAACUGAGGUCCCAAGCAACAGUCCAGGAACCCUAUCACUCCACAUCCCUUGCAACUGCGAACUUCAAGACGACAACGGCGACGUACUGAUAAGCACUCUUUAUCCUUGCGACUCCCGUUCCCAUCCUUCUCCAGCUAUUAAUAACUUAAUUCCUCACAUGUGGACAAAUUUAUCUAAAUUGAACAUCCCAAUUUUUAAACAUGAGACUCUGCCUCAGUACUUAAACCUUUCGGAAAUCUUAAAUGAAAAUUGGCACUUGAAUUUUUCAAAAUUUGAAGAGCACAACUCAUUCUCAGAAGACAUUUUCCAUCAUGUUGAAAUGCCAAAUAACUUUGAUUUGUUAGGGGUGAACAAUAAACUGAUCAUUUAUAUUAUUAUUGUCUGGCAAACACUGAUAACUGUUAUAUUCUUGUAUUUAUGUCUUCAAAAUUAUAUUAAGAAGAAAGCAAAUCAACUGAGAGUCCCGAAACGUACUCCAAUUGUGGACUACCCACAGGAGCUUUAAGAAUAUAUUGUGUUUUAGUAAAGUAGUAUGUAAUGAAAUCAUUAAAAUAAUGGGUUAGGAUAUAGGAAACUAUGCAAAUAAUAAUUACUUAUUCACUAUUAUUGUAUCCAUUUACUCUUUUAUGCUAUCGAUUCAAAUAUUUUCCCAGAUUAGAAGAUAAACUAUUUCAAUUAUUAUUAUUAUUCUUAUUUUCAAGGUCCACAAUAUUAUUUUGCUUACUCGAAUACU